UUCUUGCUGUACCCUCGCCAUGGCGUCGUGUCUCUGCUCUCUCAGUAACAGAAAGUGGCCGCCUCUCUGCUGUUGCUGCCGACUCAAAGCUCACAGACUCGCUCGGCGCCUCAAACCGCCAUUUUGGAGUCAGAGAACCGAGAGUCGGCAGCAACGAAGAGAGAGACGAAAAGGGGGACACGGGGCCGAGUGGAUUUCCAUCAUUGAUCAUUAAUCUUGGAAUCAAGAACAAUGGUUUUCCUUACUGAAAAGUAAAAGUUGCUGCCCUGCUGGGCAGAGGUGUCUGUGCUGCAUGGCGUCAGGGCAGGGUGGCCGACUGGAGGCUGGGGCGUCAGGGAGCUCUGGCCUAGCCAAACCUCUCUACCUGCAGCGCUUGGAAAGAUCCCUGAGGUUGGACAGCUUCCUGCGUCAGACUGCUGCCAUCUUUAACGGAGACAUAACCACAAGUGAUGACAGUGAUGACAGCGAUGGUUCAUUGGGGACAGGGCUAGCCAUGGACCCCUCCGUCACUCAGCAUACGGCUACGACCGUGAAGAGUGAGCCAUGUGAGCAAGAGGACUGCUUGUCAGAGGGAAAGCCCCUCAAUGGAAUUCUGCUGCAGGGUAAAGCAGACCAAAAGGCAGAUAAAGCUAGCCUCUACAAUUUCUCCAAGCUGAAGAAGAACCGAAAAUGGCUCAAGAGUAUCCUGUUGAGUGACGACACCACAGACUCGGACACAGACUCAGAUGACUCUGACUUCAGUUUAUCUCGGGAGGAGCUGCACGACAUGCUCAGGCUACAUCGCUACACCAGGCAGCAUCAGAGCAAGUUCCACUCCGACCGAGAGCUUCACCAAUAUCAAUACUACAGCACUGGACUCCUCUCUACUCAUGACCCCUUCUAUGAGCAACAGCGCCACCUACUGGGGCCGAAGAAGAAGAAAAUCAAAGAUGAGAAGAAAUUCAAGGCCAAAUUGAAAAAGGUGAAGAAAAAGAAGAAACGGGGAGAGGGAGAGUUUCUGGAUGAUGGGCGUCCUUAUAUCACCAAGAUCUUCGCAAAGUUUUCCCACGAUGCUCCGCUGCCCAUAGUAAAGAAGAAACAUCUCACCACUGAGCAGCUGAAUGCACGGCGGCGGAAGGUCUGGCUCACCAUCUCUAAGAAGGAGAUUCCCAAGUCUUUCAAGCAGAAGACCUCUGCUAAGAACUUAGUAUUGACCAAUACUAAAAAGUUGGCUCAUCAGUGCAUGAGAGAGGUUCGGCGUGCAGCUAUCCAGGCCCAGAAGAACUGUAAGGAGACGUUGCCCCGGGCUCGCCGGCUCACCAAGGAGAUGAUGCUUUACUGGAAGAAAUACGACAAAGUGGAGAAGGAGCACAGGAAGAGGGCAGAGAAGGAGGCCCUGGAGCAACGGAAACUGGACGAAGAGAUGAGAGAAGCCAAGCGUCAGCAGCGUAAACUGAAUUUCCUCAUCACCCAGACAGAGCUGUAUGCUCAUUUCAUGGGCGGUAAAGCCAGCAUGGGGGGUCCAGAAGGAGGUACGUCUCAGGAGGAAAUUCUGAGCAAGCUGGAAGACUCCGGGGCACACAGACAGAUAGACAUCGGAGGAGGUGUAAUGGUCAACAUGGGACAGGAGGACUAUGAUAGCGAUUACUACAAGUCCCAGGCCUUGAGGAAUGCCAAAGAAGCCUACCAGAUUCAUCAAGAGAGAACGCGGAUGUUUGAUGAGGAGGCUAAGGACAGUCGCUGUGCGUCGCUCCAUUCAGCAGUGGGCCCAUCCUCAGGCGCCGGCUCUGGGUUCGGAGAGAGCUACAGCCUCUCUAACCCGUCCAUCCAUGCAGGUGAAGACAUUCCUCAGCCCACUAUCUUCAACGGCAAACUCAAGGGUUACCAACUCAAGGGCAUGAACUGGCUGGCCAACCUCUAUGAGCAGGGAAUCAAUGGAAUCCUGGCAGAUGAGAUGGGGCUGGGGAAGACCGUCCAGAGUAUCGCCCUUUUGGCACACUUAGCAGAGAGAGACAACAUCUGGGGUCCGUUCCUGAUCAUUUCUCCUGCAUCCACACUCAACAACUGGCAUCAGGAGUUCACCCGCUUUGUGCCCAAAUUCAAGGUGUUGCCAUACUGGGGGAAUCCACACGAUCGCAAGGUGAUUCGGAAAUUUUGGAGCCAGAAAACCCUUUACACGCAAAAUGCACCAUUCCAUGUGGUGAUCACAAGCUACCAGCUGGUGGUCCAGGACGUCAAGUACUUUCAGAGGGUCAAGUGGCAGUACAUGGUUCUGGAUGAGGCCCAGGCACUGAAGAGCAGCACCAGUGUUCGGUGGAAGAUCCUUCUGCAGUUCCAGUGUCGAAACCGACUGCUGCUCACCGGGACGCCCAUCCAGAACACGAUGGCUGAGCUGUGGGCCCUGCUGCACUUCAUCAUGCCCACGUUGUUCGAUUCCCAUGAAGAGUUUAACGAGUGGUUCUCCAAGGACAUCGAGAGCCACGCUGAAAACAAGUCCGCCAUAGACGAGAACCAACUUUCCAGACUGCACAUGAUCCUCAAGCCUUUCAUGCUGCGCAGAAUCAAGAAGGAUGUGGAAAACGAGCUGUCGGACAAGAUCGAGAUCCUGACCUACUGCCAGCUGACGUCCCGGCAGAGGUUGCUCUACCAGGCUCUGAGGAACAAGAUCUCCAUCGAGGAUCUGCUGCAGUCGUCUAUGGGCACGGCCCAGCAGUCCCACAGCACCACCUCGUCCCUCAUGAACCUGGUCAUGCAGUUCAGGAAGGUGUGUAACCACCCUGACUUGUUUGAGCGCCAGGAGACGCGCUCUCCUUUCCACAUGUCCCUUAAGCCCUACAUCAUGUCUAAGUUCCUCCACCGUCAUGGCCUCGUCCACGCACACAACCAGGCCAAAAACAAGUUACUUCAAGUGCUGUUGUCUCCCUUCUCUCCAAAUCACAUCCAGCAGUCUCUUUUUCACAGAAAAGGUGAUGACAAAGGAAGCUGUUUCUCCUUCCUGCGCUUCAUCGACGUGUCACCGGCUGAGAUGUCCAAUCUAAUGCUGCAAGGCACCUUAGCAAGAUGGUUAGCCCUUUUUCUGUCUCUCAAAGCGGCAUAUCGGCUACACCAUCAGCGUCUGUUUGGCCUUGAAGAAGAAGGUCAGGAGGACGCCAGACUCUCGCGGGUGGAGGGCGGGAGGUUACAGCCCAGGAGCAAGUGUCUGUCUCGCAAGGACCUCAUUUUGUGGCUGAACAGACCCACCAAUUUCGUGAACACGAACACCAGCCCUGUUCUACAGGUGAGAAACACACAACACACACGCACACUCAUACAAACAUCUACGUUCAAACCCCCCUUGAGUAGCCAUCUGCAGUGGAUGGUCUGUGCAGUCCAGCAUCACUCUUCGUGUCUUUUCUUUUUGGUUUCCAAGGUGACAGCAGUUCCGAUGGAGCGCUACUGUAACGACCGCAGUGCAGAGUACGAGUGGCGGGUGACACGCGGUGGAGGGGGCACAGUCUUUAAACAGUGUUUCCUCUACGGCUCCCCCGAACUUGCCUCAGACUGGCGUGUGAGGGCCAAUACCUUUCACCCACAAUGCCAUGGGGGUGUGAUGGCCCUCUACCCGCGACAUGGAUGGUCCUUCAUUCGCAUACCUGAUAAGGAGAGCCUGAUCACUGAAAGUGGCAAGCUCCACACCUUGGAUAUCCUGUUGAGUCGGCUAAAGGCCCAGGGACACAGAGUGCUCAUCUACUCCCAAAUGACCCGCAUGAUAGACCUGCUGGAGGAGUACAUGGUUUAUCGUAAGCACACCUACAUGCGCCUCGACGGAUCUUCCAAGAUUUCUGAGCGCAGAGACAUGGUGGCUGACUUCCAGAGCCGGACGGACAUCUUUGUUUUCCUGCUGAGUACGAGGGCUGGAGGGCUCGGCAUUAACCUGACUGCUGCGGACACCGUCAUCUUCUAUGACAGUGACUGGAACCCCACAGUGGACCAGCAGGCCAUGGACCGAGCUCACAGGCUGGGUCAGACCAAGCAGGUCACCGUCUAUCGCCUCAUCUGUCAGGGAUCCAUCGAGGAGAGGAUCCUGCAGCGGGCCAAGGAGAAAAGCGAGAUCCAAAGGGUGGUGAUCUCUGGAGGCAACUUCAAACCAGACACACUCAAACCCAAAGAGGUGGUGAGCCUGCUGUUGGACGACGAUGAGCUGGAGAAGAAAUUGCGUCAGAGACAGGAGGAGAAGAGGCAGCUGGAAGAAUGCAGCAAAGUGAAAGAGCGCAAGAGGAAGAGGGAGAAGUACGCAGAGAAGCAGAAGAAGAACAACGAGGAGUCCGAGGUCAAGAAGAAGAGGGAGGUGAACCUGGUCAUCUCUCACGCGCCCUCGGCAGACAACUCCAACCUCUCGGCAGACGGAGACGACUCCUUCAUCAGCGUGGAGAUGGACUCGGCCAUGCCCAGUCCCUUUAGUGAGAUCUCGCUGAGCAGCGAGCUCCAGCCCGGCUCGUUGCCCCCGGACGCCGACGCCGACGAGAGCAGCAGCGACAUGCUGGUCAUCGUGGACGAUCCGGUGUCCUCUGCACCGCAGUCUCGCACCACCAACUCGCCCUCCUCUGUGUCUGGAUCAGUCUCUGACAACAUGAACGGUGUUUCGGCCUCGGAAACAAUCAGUCCCGGCAGAGGCCGGUCCGGGCGGAGUCGAGGGCGGCCUAAAGGAUCAGGAGGCGGGGCCAAGUCUGGAGGGAAAGGACGUGGCCGCAAGUCGACGGCGGGCAGCGCGGCAGCCAUGGCGGGAGCGAUGGCGGGCGCGGCGGCUGCGUCUGCAGCAGCCUACGCUGCUUACGGUUACAGUGUUUCUAAAGGCCUCGCUGCGUCCAGUCCGCUGCAGCCUUCCCUGGGCCGGUCCGGUACCAGCCCCGCCUUCAACCCCAGCAGAAGCUCCUCCCCCCAGGCCAAAGGAGGCAACUCCACCCCGAGCCCCAACAAACAGCUGGCCCACGGCCACCACCACAGCAGCCACGGCACAGUCAGGAAAGGCAAGGGCCCCGGUGGUCCCGGGGCUCGAUAAUGCACUCAUACACGCUUGAAUGUGCACGCACGCGCACACACACACACACACACACACACACACACACACACAGAAAACUGACCUUCUCUCACUGUGAUCCCCACAGACGCCCUAUGCCUAAACUAAUAGGGAUUACAGUACAUAUAGUAACAGAGGCUCACUACCUAGAGGACCAUGCUGUGUCUGCUGGCUCAGCAUCUAAAAGGACUGUCUUCACACACACACACUCACACACACACACACACACACACACACACACAUCGAAGGUACAGUCCCUCGCAGCCUCUACAGUUCUUGGUUCCGUUUUUAUUUUAAUGUGUCCAGGUCAGUGGACAAAAUCUGCCUUGAAUGUUUUUGUUUGCAUUGUGACCAGAUUAUUUCCAAGUGCUUUUUGAGAUGACAGACCGUACUUUUUUAUUCACCGUGACAGGAAACUCUUUUGAUUUGCUACCCAGCUAUGAAGUUACAACAAAGACGUGAACCAACACAUGUAGCUUAAAGGGCUUUGAAAUUUUUGCCAGUUUAGGGAGGCAAAGGAGUUUCUGUCAAAUGCACUGAGCCACGUCUUCCCUUUUUUUUGGUGUUAAUUGAUCUCACACUCGUACAUUAGGUUAUUUAAUUGCCCUGUAGGUGUGCUCGGGCCAAACUGGUGGACAGUUCUGCAUUUCACAGAGCUUAAUGUGAACCCACACCUCUCCAACCCCCACUUUACCAAACAAUACGUCCACAGCUUUUCUACUAAAGCUCCUAUUUUUGUAAGAAAAGAUGCCAGUACCCAUACCAACAAGGCAGGUCUUAACAUUUUGAAAAAGACAUAUUUGUCCAUAAAAUGUAUUUCCCGUACAGACGGAAGUGUAAAUCGAUGAUAUAUUUUUUGUCCAAUGGGAAAAAUGAAUGAAUGGUUGAUGUGAAAAUGAUAAUUCAAAAUUAGGGGUACUGGUGGAUCUGGCUAUGCUGCUAACAGUACAUGUAUGAAUUCACUCAGAUUAAUUGGUUGUCUAUAUUUAAGUUAUUUGAGUUGUGUUAAAAUGGGCAAUUGAUGAUAAUUGUGAAUGGGGUAUUCAGCUGUAAAGCAGUGUAAAUUGUACUGAAGCCGUUUUUAUUUUUCAGAAAUUGUUUUUUUUUGUGUGUGUGACGAGGAGUCCGUGGUUCUCUUUGAUGUCAUUGAUGUUUUAGGAAGAAGAAGAAGAAAAAGUUAGCAUCAGUGUCCUAAAUUGAGCACUACGUCUGUUAUAGGUUUGUUUGUUUUGUGUUAAUAGUGUGAUUAAAAUACGAUGUUCUAUAUUGAUGUACAUAAUGAUGAGAGCGACAUUUCCUCUGGCUUUUCCCUCAUUUGCCUGUCUAUUUUUAUAGGUCAUGUGUACAUAUGAAGAAAAUGCAUCUGCCAUUUUACUAACAAGAGGAGCCAACAGAAAAUAAAAGUGCUAAAUUAGC